AUGCCGCCUUCAUCUAAAAAUGAAAGCCCUCCGGCGUCUUCAUCUCCGUCCAUGAUCAAGGGCGCAUCGCUCCUCAUCAUCCUCCAGCUCGCUUCCCGCCUAAUAACAUUCAUUGCCAACCAGCUUCUCCUGCGCUACCUGACAGCUCCUCUACUAGGUCUAUCAACCCAACUCGAAGUGUACUAUCUCUCUGUUCUCUUCUUUGCACGCGAAAGUUUGCGCGUGGCGAUUCAACGACGAGACUCAGGUUCUCAAGCGAAACAGGAAAGCCAAGCGGUGGUGAACUUGGGAUAUCUGUCCAUUGGCUUGGGAAGUCUGGUCAGUCUCGGCCUGGGAUGGAUAUAUCUUGCGUACGCUACCGAAACAACUCUCUCGACGCCGUACCUUGUCAAAUCGCUGUACCUGUACGGAUUUGCAGCUAUGGUUGAGUUGUUGUCUGAGCCAUGCUUUGUUCUCAUGCAGACAAGACUGCAGUUUGGUACGCGGGCUGCAGCAGAGUCUAUUGCGACAUUCUUGCGAUGUAUUGUCGUGUUUGGCUCUGCGGUUUGGGCAUCCAAGCACAGUGAUAUCGGAGUACUUCCUUUCGCCCUCGGACAAAUUACUUAUGGCGCUUCGCUGUUCCUUGUUUACCUGGUAUCAGGAUAUCAGCUUGCGUCUUCAGUCGGCUUUUCUCUCUUUCCCAAGAUUAUUGCUACAAAGGAAGACCGCUUCUGGGGCUCUAUGUUUGAUCGACCAACGGUAGGCCUUGCCGGUAGCAUGAUGGCCCAAAGUGUGGUCAAGCAUCUUCUUACUCAGGGUGACACCUUUCUCAUCUCCCUGCUGGCCUCUGCCAAUGUCCAAGGUGCAUACGCACUGGCAAACAACUACGGCAGUCUGCUUGCCCGUCUUCUCUUCCAACCUGUUGAGGAAAGUAGCCGAAGCUAUUUCUCUCGACUCCUCUCAUCUGCCACCCCAGUCAAACAAGGCGGCAAGCCCUCUCCUGUUAUCACAGAAGCAAAGCAGAACUUGUCAACUCUACUCCGGCUCUACAUACUUCUUUCAUCCGUCAUAAUCAGCAUCGGACCUUUUGCUGCUUCGUCUCUUCUGGCGAUUGUGGCCGGCAAGCAAUGGGCUGGCUCAGGGGCUGGUGAUGUUCUUGCGGCGUACUGUUUCUAUAUUCCCUUCCUUGGCUUGAACGGCCUUACAGAGUCCUUCGUGGCAUCGGUCGCUACAGAAGCCGAAGUUCAUAAACAAUCUGGUUGGAUGGGCGCCUUUUCUGUCAUCUUCGCUACUUCGGCUUUCCUCUUCAUGAGAGUUUACCCUCUUGGCGCCAUCGGUUUGGUUCUGGCCAAUAUCAUCAACAUGGGAUGCCGUAUCAUCUGGAGCGGAGCGUUCAUCAAGCGCUAUUUUAAACAACAUGGUACUGAUUUCAAAAUCAAGAGUCUGGUUCCUGAGAGCACAGUGGGCGUCUCAAUCGCUACAGCCAUUCUUCUCAAACAACUCAAAAUCGCAGACAACGCGGACCCACCGAUCAAAUCUCUCGUCAAGAUCGCUGGCUCGGCCAUCCCAUUAUUGCUUCUAAUCCUGGUCCUCGAGCGCCAUUUUAUCCUUGAGUGUCUAAACUCGGUUCGCGGUCGCAAAGUCGCCAAACAAUAG